UCAUUUUUGCCAACAACAAACACUUGCUUGUAUUCCAAAACAGGUUUCUCGCUAUGGCAAAAUACUGGCUGCUGCUGCAGCUCCUCUCGGCGCUCCUGAUCUUACCGGCGGCAACAAGCACGGCGGCGUCGUGCCACCCCGAUGACCUCCGUGCGUUGCGGGGCUUUGCCGGCAACCUCAGCGGCGGGGCCGCCGUCCUCCUCCGCGCCGCGUGGUCCGGCGCCUCCUGCUGCGGCUGGGAAGGUGUGCGCUGCGACGACGGCGCAAGUGGCCGCGUCACGACCUUGUGGCUCCCCGGACGUGGCCUUGUCGGACCCAUCCAUGGAGCAUCCUCCUUGGCCGGCCUCGCGCAGCUGGAGUCGCUCAACCUUGCCAACAACAGGCUGCAUGUCGGCACCACCUUCCCAUCAUGGAUUGGUGAGCUUGACCGUCUUUGCUACUUGGAUCUAUCACAUAAUGCAUCGCCGUUGCAUGUCAAGCGUAACCGAAGGACACUAGCUGACGGAAAACCAAAUACAAUAACUGGGACCAACAACUCUGUCAAAUCUGGAAACGGUAACACUAUUUCUGGGAACGAUAACGUUGUCAUAUCCGGGAACAACAACGUCGUGUCUGGGAAUCACAACAAAGUCGUAAGCGGGAGUGAUAAUGCCGUAAGUGGUAACAUGCAUGUCGUAUCUGGAACCCACCAUGUUGUAACUGGCACCAACAAUACCGUAUCCGGGAGCAACAAUGCUGUAUCUGGAAGCAACCACAUCGUAUCCGGGAGCAACAAAGUCGUGACAGGAGGUUGAUGAUCUUUAGUCGGUAACGAAGCUCAUGUUCUCGUCCAAGCUAUAAGUGUACCUCACAAUCACUUGGUGGGGCCAGUCACGUUAUGUAACUUCACGGAUAUAGUAUCAUCUUCUUACUUUAAAUAAAAUUCCCCUAAAUAUCUUACAUACAUGUUGACAUGAAUAUCAACGGCGGCUUGCAGCUGAUAUAGACCAAGUGUGUUUGCUUA